CUGGAUAUUUUCCUUCAAACCAAGCCCUGUUCAAGAUGCAUUAGUGGUCACAGGUGAGUCAUGUGACCAGGCGAGAAGGUGGGGCACCUAUGAAAGUAGUUAACAUGUGACUUGGGUGACUUUUCUUUAGCCUGGAGAAGAGCACAGAUCUUCUCUUCGUCCAUCCAACUGGAAGCCUCCUCAGCUCUCAUGAUGUUUUUUUUUUUCUUUUUUUUUUUCGCGAGACUGAAUUGAACAUUUGAAAUAUACAACAGCUUCAUUUUUUAUUUUAAUUUGCUAUUUGUACUCCAGGAAGACCUGCAUUCCAUAAACUCAUCAUCACAUCCUACACCUAUCUCGCCUGACCUCAAGACAUCUACAGCGCUGGCUCUUCUGCCUGUUCUGGACUGUGAUUCACGACUGUAUACUCAAAGUGUGGAUCUUCCCUAGUGGGUCAUCAUGUUCAGCUCUGGACAGCUCCUCUCUUCUCUGAACUCUGGCGUUCUGCACUCUCCAGCAACUCAGUUCUUCCCUGCCUUUCCCAGCAGACUGGGCCAUCCUCAGCUCCUGAUCCCUGCUCCACUGCUCAGCUACGAGUUGCUGCGCACCUACCUACAGCCUGAGCCUUGUAAACAAGCCCUGCUGCUGGCCUCACAGGCGUCGUCCAUGGUCCGACUUUCCAGUGACACUGAUGAGCCACGGCCCGCCAAGCAGCGGCGAGCUCGUGCCAACUACAGCAGCUGGCAGCUGGAGGAGCUGGAGAAGGCCUUCAAGAGCACGCACUACCCUGACGUGUUCAUGCGCGAGGCCCUGGCACUCCGACUGGACUUAAUCGAGGCUAGAGUUCAGGUGUGGUUCCAGAACCGCAGGGCGAAGAUGCGCAGACAGAUGAAACUUCAAGGCCAGAGUGGAGAAUUGUGUGCUGGGAAAGACAGUGAGGCCAGAAAGCCAGCACCAUCCAGGAGGAGCACGGAGUCAGACAGCGACCAGGUGCCAUGCUGGGACAGCAAACAGGAGAAGAGCGCUGGACACAGACUGCACCAGGGGGCCAGACAGCAGGCAGGAUCAGGAGAGACCAGUCCAGAGGAGUUCCGCUUCUGCAGCAUUGCCAAACUGAGGGCCAAGGCCAGGGAUUACGAAGCCGAGAUCCACAGCACUGCAGCCAAGGGCGAUAGGAAGUGGUGCUUAAAAGCACACGUGUCCAAACGUGACUGAUGAAAGUGAUCUGAGUUCCCAAACACCACUGUGCUAUGGAAAUAUCUGAAUUCCUAUGAUGCUAGUUUAUUUAUUUUCACCUUAUUAUUACACAAGUUGGGGAUGAUACUUUAUAUAUUUCUUCAUUUUACCCUGAUAUUUCUGUGGUUUGUAUUAAUAUGCAGUAUGUGAAUAUUUUCCACAGCUCUUGUCAUUCUCUAUGAUCACUAAAGUAUUAAUACUAAACUGUUUCUGUUGUUGUAAUAAUAUUCAUUUCAGAUUACUUUCCCGAGAGUUAUCAUUAUAUUUUUCCUAGCAUUAUUAUUUUAAAACCAAAUUAAAAUGGACAUAAGAGCAAAGCAUACUAAUGGUGAGCAUUUAUGCUGUAAUUGUAUUAUUAAACAUUGUAAUAUUAAUCAGGAUCAUGAUCCUAAUUGUGUCUCUCCUGGCUGGAUAGGUGGAAAAAUACGAUUUGUUUUGGGCAAAACAUUUAGAGCAAAUAAAAGACAAAUGUCAAGUGUUUUACCGAUGAGAAAACGAAUGAUGAUCUCAUCAAUGACCGCACCUUCAGUCAGCUAUCCUGUUUCACUAGCUGGAGAGAGACACAGGAUGUCUGCAAGCUGCCACAAGCUCGCUGCAAACACAAUGGGGACGGUUGAAAAAUGACUGCCGUCUCUGACAGAGGUGCUCUGUGAAGAUUACAUUUGUAAACGUGCUUGUCGUGCUUCUUUCCUCCUUCCCCUUUCAUGCCGUGUGUAGGUGUUGACUACAAAACUAUUUAACGUCUUCUAAAAAUAAUUACAGGCACUUAUUUAGUUUAGUUGAUCCUCAAGACAUUUCGUAGAUUAAGAAAAGCCUUUCUUGGUACAGAUAUAUAUCCAGCAGCCUAGUUUGUUUGUAUUUGUCAUUCAUAUGAAUAUGAGUAGAUCAAGAGGAUUACUUUAACAGUGCCCCAGCCUUGUUUGAGGAUAAGAACCCUGGACCCACAGAAAUCAUUUAAACAACCAUUUCCACUUCUCAGUGCAGCUUGAGUGACGGUUAGGAAGUGCACCACUGAGAGAUCAGGCUUUUAUCCUGUAUUGCUCACUGUGAUGU